GUGAAUGGCGGUAAUACAAUCGAGUGAAAGGGGACGGUCGAGAGAAGAUCGUGAUCCCAAUCAUCGCCAUCCCCAUUUUUAGCGCGCUCUCUCUCUCUCUCUCUCCAUUUAUAGUAUUUCCUUUCACAGACAGAAAAACAACCUCAAACUCGAACCACGGCGACGAAGCUGAUCUCACAGACUGAGAGCGAGUAAAUUUUAGAGAGAGAAAACGAGAGAGAGAGAAUGUCGUGGCAAACUUACGUGGACGAGCACUUGAUGUGUGAUAUCGACGGCCUUGGCCUACACCUCACCGCCGCCUCCAUCAUCGGCCUCGACGGUAGCGUCUGGGCUCAGAGCGCCUCCUUCCCUCAGUUUAAGCCCGAUGAGAUCACCGGUAUCAUCACUGAUUUUGCUGAACCAGGCCACCUUGCCCCUACAGGGUUACACCUGGGCGGCGUAAAGUACAUGGUCAUCCAAGGAGAGCCUGGAGCUGUAAUCCGUGGAAAGAAGGGAUCAGGAGGCAUCACUAUAAAGAAGACAGGGCAAGCUCUGGUCUUUGGAAUCUAUGAGGAACCAGUAACCCCUGGACAGUGCAACAUGGUUGUCGAGAGGUUGGGUGAUUACCUCAUUGAUCAAGGCCUCUAAAGCCUAGAUCUACUCAUGAUCUCUACUACAUCUUGAUCUUCACACUUAAAUUCUUUGGGUUUUUUCCCCACCCAUUUUUCCCCCACCCAUUUUUCCCCCUUGCAUCUAUGCUCUAGUCUUCUUCCUCCAAACCCAUGAGAUGGAAGUGGAGUUAUUCUGAGUAAUAAUUUAGGACAAACAGUUAUUUGGUGUUUUGAGUCUUUUUUCCUGUGGUUAUGGUGAUGUGUAUUUCGGCACGGUGUGAGCUGUUUCUUUUCGUCAGCACUGCAAUACAAAUUUCUGAUAUCUCAUGAAA